CAUGAGACAUGCCUUUGCAGUAGUAGGAUUCGUAAUUUACGAGUGCAGAUGGAUAUAUGUGCACGUGGUGAAUCUGUAAACAGUUUUUGUGUCGUGCAUUUAUUCAGUUUGCGGUUUAAGAAAUAAAAGGAGGAGAGUUGAAUAUUAUUAUGGACGAAGUAAAUCGAGCGGAUCCUCCGAACUGGAUCCAGCAGCACGCCGUCUAUCAAGACCUGAUGCAUUUAGAUGUCGGUGACAGUGCUCAAGUAUAUGCUGCCUUCCUGGUGUACAUGGAUCUGACGGAAGUGCGUAAAUGGAAAGAGGUGGUUGGAGUUUCCUGCCCAGAGCUACAGGCGGUUCUGUUGGAGGGUCGAGAGAAGGAAGGAGAAACAGUCCAGAUGAUCUACCCUCUGCCUUCACACAGAUCCAUCAAACACAGAGAGUAGGAGACAGUCAGCUUUUACUAUAACACUCUCAUUACUAAGCAGCAGCUUUUGAGCCAUGAUGUGUUAAAGCUUCUAUGACACAUUUAUGCGGCC